AUGGCGCCCCUAGUAAAGUCAUCAGAGACAAGGAGCAACAAGAGCUACAGCACGAGCGGAUACAACGCUAAGAAACGCCCAGCCGCCAAUGGCGACGACGGCAAGAAGUCGUUCAUGGACCAGAAACUAGCCAAGAAACAGCGCAAGAUGCAGCGGCCGCACUACGAGAUGGUGACGCGCGCUAAGGAGAUCUGGAACGUCAUCCGUGAGAAUAAAGUGGACAAGAACAAGCGCGCUACGCUCGUGGACGAGCUGUUUCUGCUGGUCAAGGGCAAGAUCCACGACGUGGCGGCCAAACACGACGCGUCACGCGUCAUCCAGUCGCUCAUGCAGUACGGAAGGCCCGAGCACCGCUCCCAGAUUGUGCUGGAGAUGAAGGAUCAUCUCAUUGAGGCGGCUAAAAUGCAGUACGGCUGCUUUUUGGUGCAGAAGAUGAUCUGCUAUGGCAGUGCGGCAGACCGUGCCGUCAUCGUCAAGUGCCUUACGGGCCACGUGGUGCAGGUCGGUACUCACAACAUUGCUGCCAACGUGCUCGAGUAUGCACAGGAGUUUCUGAAGCCCUCUCAGCUCACAGCGCUCAGGUUGGAGUUCUAUGGUCGUGAGUUUGCCUACUUCCGCUCAGAGAGCAAGCACAAUCUGGCCGAUAUUAUUGCCGCGCAUCCGGAAAAGAAGGCAGAUGUGCUCCAACAUCUCAGCAGUAUCUUGAACCGCAUGGUCGACAAGCAGCUCCUCGGUUUGGCCUUUGUGCAGUCCCUGUUGUGGGAGUACUUGUGCAACGCUGAGUACGAUUACGUGAUGCUAAUGGUUGGCAACGUUCGCGACGCUGCAUUGGCACUGCUUGCUACGCGAAAUGGUGCUCGCGUGGUCAACAUGUGUAUCUCACUCGGUACGGCGAAGGACCGUAAGCGUAUUAUCAAGACCCUGAAGGACAAGGUUCUGGAUGCAUGCAACCACCCAAGUGGCUAUCUCGUGAUCAUGCGCAUCUUGGAUGUGGUGGAUGACUCUGUUCUUGUACAGAAGUCCAUUUUGGCGGAGAUGAACGAUGCGCUCUUUUCGAUCGCAAUGCACCCUGGCGGACGAAAGGUUCUGUUACAGCUCCUGAGUCCUCUAAAUACGAAGUAUCUGUCGCUAGAUGACCUAACGCUGCUCGAGCCUCCCAUGUUGCGAUCACCGGAGGACUCGACGGUCAUGAUUGUCAAUUACAAGAAAGACCCAGAUGCUCGUCGGAGAGAGCUGCUAAAGGGUCUGCUACCCAAGCUUGAGGAAAUGUGCAUCGCAAAUGUGGCUGACCUGAUGCGCUCGAAGGAAGGCCGCGACGUGAUUGUCGAGGUCGCCAAGCACAGUGAGAGCACCGAGCUGGCAGAUAGUGUGAUUGCCGCCGUUCUUGCAGAGGAAGCAGAGCCUCUUUACACCGAUGCCAAUGGCCACUUUGCUCUGCGUCGCUUGAUCAUGGAAACCCGUAUGACAGAGCCUCUACUCACGGCCGUCGCCAAACAGUUGUCAAACUGGGCGACAAGCAAUCGUGGCUCCUUCGUGGUCCUUGCGUUCUUGGAGGCUGAACGCGCCCCCAAAAACGUGACCGACGUGGUGAAGAAAGCACUCGAGCCUGCGAUGAGUGAGCUGAAGAAGCUUGCUGACACGCAGAAGGGUACCGAAUUACUUCUUGAAAAACUAGGAUAG